AUGACCCUAAACCUGAAAUGCAAGCCACGCGAUAAGCCCGCCGCAUACACUCGACCUAGAUUGCUAUCAGUACUAUCAUUCCCGGUAAUAUCUGCGAGAGAUGAAAUAGUGAUAAUUUGCAACCUUGGUCCAACACAAAUCACCCAGAUCCCAAAGAUCCUGCCAAGUGGUAGAAUCAACGACGAGUACAAAAACGUGACACCAGACAGGGGAGAUGCGCAAGCAGUCCAGACAAAAGCCGAAAAAGAUGCCAUUCGCGAGGCCAACAUCAAAGCUGCUAUCCAAGCUGUUAGAGAGAAGAGGGCUAAAAACCUCUCAGCUGCAGCUGGCCAGUUCAAUGUGCCAUACCAUACCCUUCGUCGACGCCCACAAAUUCCAAAGCGAGAUCGGCGAGCAGAACAGGAGCGUUCCCAAGCUGCAUUCACCGGCACAAUCAAGACCAAGAAGCUGGAGGAGCUACGCGACUUAGCCGCAGCCUUGCGGUUACCUGAGACUGGACUCAAGGCUGAGGUGUUCCAGCGGAUUCUCCAGCACUUUGACGGCAACCCUGACCUCAAGAAAAAUCCACGGUAUGAGGGUUUAUUCAACCCUACCCGUUCUCGCAGGCGCCGUCUCGAUAACGGUGAUAACACUGCGGAAUUACCGCAGGACGCGAUUCCCCCAUCAAAUCCAGUUCGCGAGCCGUUCGGAUACCAACCUCAGCCUGCACCUCAACCCUCGAUGUCGAGAAACGAAUUUCCCCCACCUGGGUAUGCACCCCUACAUUAUCCAAUGCAGCAUCCUGCACCUCAGCCUCAAUAUAUUUCGCACCCUCACUUUGCACCGGCGAGUCGCAGUAGCGCAGAUUUCCGAGUUGGUGAUAUGGUGCAGACUCAGCACAGAUUAGAGGUGGACCCUGAGUUUUUAUCGGGUUUUGCUCCGACACCACACCACAUUAUCCUAAAAAUCAGUAAAAAUCAGAUCUAUGUAGAGGAGAUACGAAUACAUGAUGGGGCAAAUUUUCAAAAGAAAAUGUGA